UAUCAAGGUAGAUGUGAAAUAUCAUUGGAAAUAUUCAACAUAUAAAUACACUACUGUGCAAAGGCAAAUUAACACGACUGAAAUUCCGGAGUUAUAACUUAAAUCAAACGCAGCUCGUUUUACCGCUCUUCAAAUUGUUAUCAUUGCGUGAGUAGCCAAAGGUCGAUCUGGGCAGAGUUUCCAACUUCAGCCAGCCGUUUUCAGGGCUCCAGCCACUUUAAUUUCGGAGGCCAAGACGGUCGUAUGCAAGCGUCAACAUAUUCGAAUUUCUUUCGCCGCUGGCAAGUACCUCUAGGUGACAAAUAGUUCAGGUCACCACACCGACAACUGUGAGAAUCAUACCAGACUGCCUUAUACCUAGGUACGGUGUAACGUGGUGAAGUUAUGACGUAUCGUCGCUAUACUUCCCGGGGAGGGCGGCGGCCGGUGAUGCACCGCGGGUGACGGCCGUGGUGGCGACAUGAGGGUCACCGUGCUGACCCCGUCGCGGACCAAGAUGCUGCUGGAGGAGGUGGACACGCUGAGGGACGUCAAGCGCCAGAUCACGGCGCGCACGGGCAUCCCGGCCCGCCAGCAGCUCGUCUACUACAAGGGCCGGCAGCUGAAGUCGCUGCGGCGGCCCCUGGAGUCGUACUGUGUGCGGGACGGCGCCACCCUCUACCUGGUCAAACGGCUCGGCGUCUGCCGCUGCCUGGCGUGCCGCAACAGCAGGUACAUCGAGCGGGAGGAGGCGGCGGAGGAGCGUUUGCAGCUGCUCCGGCUGCUGGCCGCUCCUGCUGAGGGCGCCGGCGCGCGCGCCGCGGAGGAGGCGGCCGGGUUGCUGGCCGGCGCCGAGCUGGAGCUCAGCGCCGGCACGCCGGACCGGCCCUCGGACGGCGCGGACGGGCCGGCGCGGGCCCGGCCGGCCGGCAUCGCCCCGGAGGACAUGGAGCAGGCCGCCGAGGGGAAUGACGAUGGAGCUGGGGCGGAAAUCCAGGAUAUCGAGGAGGACGGCGAGGAGCUGGAGGAUGCUGACGGCGCAGCAGAGGAUGCUGAAGAGGCUGAGGAGCCGGCGCUGGAGCUGGAGGAUGACGAAGAAGACGGGGAAGAGGCGAUGGACGCGGUCGCCGGAGAGACGGAAGACCUGAGUGAGGAGCCUGAGGACGAGGAGCUGGAGGUGCAGCCGAGCGGCGAAGAGCUGGAGCUGAGCGGCGAGGACCUGGAGCUGAGCGGCGAGGACCUGGAGCUGAGCGGCGAGGAGCUGGAGCUGAGCGGCGAGGAGCUGGAGCUGGAGCUGAGCGGCGAGGACGCGGACGACGAGGAGGAGCACGAGGAGGCGGCCGAGCCGGAGGAGGAGGAGGAGGAGGAGGAGGAGCCGGAGGACACCGAGGAGGAGGCGGCCGCCGAGCUCCCGGAGCCGGCCGCCGAGGACGAGGACGAGGACGCCACGGUGCUGUACUCGCUGGUCACCGGCGGCGGCGCCGACCAGCGGCGGCCCUCCGGCGGCGGCAGCCACCCGGAGGCGGACCCGGACGGCGAGCAGGACGACCCGGAGGCCGAGCGGCGCCCGGACCAGCCGGCGGCCGCGCGCCAGCCGGCCUUCGAGGAGGACGGCGCCAACAGCGUCGGCGAGGAGGAGCCGGACCUGGCCGAGCUGGAGGACGAGGAGCCGGCGGCGCUCUCCGGCGGCGGCCCCCCGGAGCCGGUGCGCGACCUGCUGCUGGCCAUGACGCGGCCGACGCCGGCCCCGGAGGACGCCGAGGACUCCCAGGAGGAGGAAGAGGAGCAGUACCCGGAGGACGACCCGCUGUUCGACCCGCCCGACGAGGAGGACCCGCUGCUGGCGCCGGUCGAGCACCAGGAGGACGCCGGCUACAUGUCCGGGGACGAGAUGGACCGACCGUGAGGGCGGCCGGCCGGCCGGCCCAGGGCCGCUCAGAGCGGGGCACCGCCCGGCCGGCCGGCCCAGGGCCGCUCAUGAAUCGCCCGGCCGGCCCAGGGACGCCCAGAGCGGGCCACCGCCCGGCCGGCCGGCACUGCCUAGCGCAGCACCGCGCUUAUAACAACACAAAAUCGGGCUUAUAACAGCACCAAAUUGCGUUUAUAACAGGGCGGUCCGAUACUGCAAUACGCGGCGCUUCAGCAGCGCCAUAGUUGAGGUGCCUGCGUCUCUCUCUAUCAGCUGCUGAGAACGGUUUUCAGGAGUAGACUAAAAUUACAGGGCUGAGCUUUAGAAUAAGGCAUAAUGAACCUUUCGCGUAACAUCUGUGAAUUUUGAUUUCAGAAGGAUUAUUAAACAUUUUAUAUUUCAAAAUAAUGUGUCUUAGACUUCCAUUUUUUCGUAGGUGGCUAACAAGCAACGUUCCUGUUGUAAUUCUUAAACCGCAAUAAACAUGUGACAUUGAAA